AUGGGUUGCCACGAGAAUGUCAGCAUCGAUUAUCGUUGUGUCAACACCAGUCACAACCACUCCCAGCCCCCUCCCUUCAACCUCUCCAAAGCCUACCGCGCCUCCGACUGGGCCAACGACAAGCCCCGCGUCGAGAAUUAUCUCCACACCAGCGACCUGACAGGUGCGACCAAAAUGCUCAGGAUCCACCACGAUCCCAAGACCCAGUUCGCCCCCGAUGCCUACGACUGGAUCGUCAAGAUGUACCCCAACCCCUACAAGCCCGCCGGCACAGUCUACAACUACCUCGCCAAAGUCCUCACGAUCAACACCCCCGACGUCCAGGAUUACAGCGGUUUCGAGGGGCUCCAGCUGAACCUCAUGGUGGUCGCCGUCGCCCAUGACUCCCCCGUCAUCGAGGUCUACUACGAGAUCUGUCGCCCGAUGGAGAAUCAAGCCAAGAGGGAGGAGAUGCGGAAGCGCGGGCUUGCCUGGGCCAGACCCUUGAUCACCGACGAGGCGAUUGGGUCUUCCUGGCUGUCGAUCAGCGAGGAGAGGGAGUUUCUCGAGGUUCGUGCCGCCCACAAAGUCAGAAUCACGGGCACGCCCGAGGGGGUUCACGCCUUGUUCUACGACAUGUUGAUCAAGGUUCGGGAGAGCAAUGGGAUGAUCAUCAAGAUGGCCAUUGAGCUGUCGAGGGAGUUCACCAAGGGUUGA